UGUAAAUUCGGGCUUGAAUUUAUUUUAAAAAAAAUCGAAACCUCCGCGAUCAAAUGGAUUCAGAAGGGCAAAGGGCGUCCCCAAAUCCUCAGGCGAUGCUCACUACGCAGCUGGGCAAGCGAGAGAAGCUCAACGAGGAGCUCCGGAUGAUCGAGAGACAAGUCUAUGACUUGGAAACUAGCUAUCUGCAAGAGUCAAGUCAAUGUGGAAGUGUGCUGAAAGGUUUUGAAGGAUUUCUCUCAUUGUCAAAGAGCACCAACAUGAAGCGGUCCAGGAAGUUCCAGCCCGAAGAUAGGCUAUUCUCCUUGUCAUCAGUUACCUCACCUGCUGUUGAAGAACAUUUAGUGGGGCGUGAUGAUGGAAGGUCUGAUUAUGGUUCAGGUCGUUCAAAAGGUGGAAGCUAUUUUUCAAAUGGACAAGGAAAACCAAAGAAGGGAGGAAGAUUUGCAUCAAGGGAAGGGAGGAGAAUUCGACCACCCUCAAUCGAUCAAGACAUGGAUGAUGAUGAUGAUAUUGAACUAAGCUUGAGAUAAUUUAUUUAUACUACCAAAUGUUGUAUUUCUUUCUAUUUAGCAACCAGAGAAUUUGUGGGUUCGGCUUGUCCUAUGUAAAUUUUAGAUUCUGUAACACAUUUAUGGAGCCAUCUCAGUUCUUACCGUUCACUUCAGAA